AUGAUGACGGCCUCCGUAGCAGGCAAUCGCAGUGGGCGUUCGGGCAACAUAGCUCGUGAACGUUCUAACAGAAGCAGAGGAGCACAGAAGUCGGAUAAGGAACGUAAUUUAUCCAAAGGUAGCUCGCGACCAAAAUCAAACAGUUCGCGGGUCAAGAAAAUGCGGAAAUCAUCACUAUCGAAAGUGCAAAAGAACUUUGCAGUGUUCAAUGAUAGUGCGGAGCACGAGAACAAGUAUGAAACACUUGCCGUGGCAGAGGCAGAUGAGAAAGAGGUGAUACUGCUCGACGAAGAGGAAGAUACGGCGAUGACUACAGAGACGAAGGGGGUGCAUGCAGAAGAGACAGCAAACGUCACUGGUGCCGAAGGGGUAAAUGCAGCAGCAAACGCGCUCGACGACAACCAGGACUUUAUCGGGUUCAGCGAUAGUGAGGAAGAGGUGGCGUCCGGUGAAGAGAACGGCGACGCGGAUUACGCGGUGGAGGAUGCGGAGGACGAGUCCUCGGAGCCUCUGCCUACUAACGCGGAUUACCCGUGGAUACAGAACCAUGACCACUCCCGCCAGCGGGAGAUCGCAGACUGGUUGACACUGGAGAUCAAAGACUUUGUCUCGUAUAUAUCGCCCAAUAAGACGGAGAUUCAGCUGCGAAAUGACGCGCUGAAGCGGAUCCGCGAUGCAGUGCAGGACUUCUGGCCCGAUGCAAAUCUGCACUGCUUUGGUUCGUACGCUACGGACCUCUAUCUGCCAGGCUCGGACAUCGACUGCGUCGUCAACAGUAAGUCGGGCGACAAGGAUAACAAGAAUGCAUUAUACUCGCUAGCAUCGUACCUCAAGCGAAACGGGCUUGCCACGCAGGUCUCCGUCAUUGCGAAAGCCCGCGUGCCAAUCAUCAAAUUCGUGGAGCCCGCCUCUCAGAUACACAUCGAUCUGUCAUUCGAGCGGACCAACGGUGUAGAAGCCGCCAAGAUAAUUCGCGGCUGGCUCCACGAUACGCCCGGUCUGCGCGAGCUCGUGCUCAUCGUGAAGCAAUUUCUGCAUGCACGGCGCCUGAACGACGUGCAUAUCGGUGGUCUAGGUGGUUUCAGCAUCAUUUGCCUUGCAUACUCUUUUUUGAAACUACAUCCGCGCAUAAUAUGCCGUGACAUAGAGCCUUUGCAGAACCUGGGAGUGCUUCUGAUCGACUUUUUCGAGCUCUAUGGCAAGAACUUUGGCUACGACGAUGUCGGCAUCGCCGUCAGCGAGGGGGACGCCAGCUAUAUCAACAAGAAAGAAUACCCUGAGCUGACGCGCAACCUCCGCGGCACCUUCAAUCUGGUCAUACAGGAUCCCGGCGAUCCAGCCAACAACAUCAGCCGGGGCUCCUUCAACAUUCGAGACAUCAAGAAGGCCUUCGCCGGCGCCUUCGAGCUGCUCACCAAUAGGUGCUUCGAGCUCGACGCAGCUACCUUCAAGCACCGCGUUGGCAAGAGCAUACUCGGCAACGUCAUUAAGUACCGCGGUGCCAAGCGCGACUUCAAGGACGAGCGCGCGCUUAUCGUCAACAAGGCCAUCCAGGAAAACGAGGAGUUUCAUCAGCGCCGCGGCCGCAUAGUGCACCGCGACACCGCGGAAUUCAUCAACAUCUCAGACGACGACGACUACGAGCUCCAGCCGCCCCCCAAGCGCGCCCGCGUCCCCGCCCCCGCCCCCGCCCCCGCCGACAACGUCGUCGUGCUCGACGACCCUGCCGACGACUACGUACCCGCCCAGCCCGUCGACAAGCUCAUGGGGCUCGAUGACACCGACGACUACCUCCCCGCCCCCGCCAGCCCCACAGACACGCCGAAGCUCGACAAGGCCGCCAAACGCAACUACUGGCUCAGCAAGGGCCAGACUAUGUGA